CUUCAAACGAGGCUGGAUUAGACCACCACGUGAUAGUCUUGUAAUAUCUACGGCUCACUAAUUUUACUCUUUAUAAUUAAAACAAAUUCUUUAAUUGCUCUCAAUAAUUAAAAAUGAAAUUGUCAGAUUAUACAUCAACUUUCUGGGGAGUGAAAGUGCCGGCAGAAUCAAGUGUGUCGCAAACUUGCCAAAAAAGUUUCCAGCUAACUAUGGCUUGUUUGAAAGUUACAGAGGAAGGAGGUACAAAUACACAAAAAUCUUCUCUAUAUUUCAAACAAGAAGGUAGCGACGACAUACUUCUGUGCGCUUUGGAUAAUUCAAAUCAAUGUCAACGGCUAAAUCUAGCUUUUAGAGCCGGCGAUAAAAUAGACUUCUUCGCCGAUGGUCCAAAUGAAAUUCAUUUGAGCGGCUUUCUUAUUGACCCUGAUAACAGUGACGACGAUGAAGAUUAUGAUGCAGAUGCAGAUGUAAAUGCUUUAGUCAACAACGGAGAUUUUGGUUUAAUGGAGGAUGACGAUAGUGAUGAUGAAUCUUAUGCAGAAGAAGAAUGUAUGGUAGAUAAUGCAGAAAACGAUAGUGAUGAUGACAGCGACGUAGACGAUAGUCUUGAUGACGAAGAGGUCGAUGUCGAUGAUGAAAUAGAUGAGGAUGACGAUGAAGAAGUAGAUGACGACGACAAUGAAGACGACGACGACGACGACGAUGAGGACGAAGAUGAUGAGGAAGAGGACGACGAUGAUGAGGAUGGUGAUGAGGAGGAGGCUGAAGAGGAGGUUGAAGCUCCUCAACUAGUUCAAUCAGAGAAGAAGAAAAAGAAUGGAGUCGAAAAAACCAACGGUAAGGACAACAAGAAACGUAAGCUUCAGGACAGAACACUUGAAGAGCAAUCCCCAACUCAAAAAAAGAAGCAAAAAACUGAGACAAAGAAAGUUAAGAGAGUUCUUAAAGGUAAUAUUGUCGCAGUUGAUGAGUUAGAGGGAAAAGGAUCUGAAGCGAAAGAAGGAAAGAAAGUAUUGCUGUAUUAUACCGGUAAAUUAGGCUCAAACGGCAAGGAAUUUGAUAGUUGCACGUCAGGAAAACCAUUUGCCUUUCGUCUAGGAUCUAAUGAAGUCAUCAAGGGCUGGGAAAUUGGAGUUAAAGGAAUGAAAGUUGGUGGUAAGAGAACUCUUACCAUUCCUCCAAAAAUGGCCUAUGGAGGAAAAAGUCUUCCCGGUAUUCCAUCGAAUUCUACUCUUGUGUUUGAUUUGGAAUUGAAAGGAGUAAAGAAGUAA